AUGACCACGACCCUUCCGGAAAAUCUGCAAAUGGUUCGCGACAGGUUGCUUGACUUUGACUCCGAGAUGCCGAAUGUGCGUUUAAUGGAAACACCCGAACACAAUUGCGGUCUUCCCAAUGACUCAUAUACUGCUUCGCUCGCGGGAAUGGUAUUUUCAGAGAGGCCCGAUUCUCACUUAAGAAGGCCCAGUCUUCUUCCAUUGGCUGCUGGUUUGAUUCAGCAAUCCGACGAAGGCAUUCAUAAUUCGGGCCUCAGGAGAGAAAAGCAUCAGUAUCCCCAGAUAGGUCAGGCGCUAUCUUCCUCAAUGAAUGAAACGAUUGAGUGGGCUACAAUCCAACCGAAGAUACAAACUAUAGAAACCAACGCUCCUGGAAGCCAACGUCCCCAAUCGCCCGGCCAAACUCCCCAUUUACAGAUCCAGGCUGUUACAGAAGAUAUUCAGUCCCCACCUAUGCCAAAUGCGACUGCCCCAGGGCCCUCUGACCAACAUUGGCAAGCUCAACCCUUUGGCUCUCACCAAGAUGGUUCUGCUGUGACCGUGGGCAAUGGUCUUGGUAUAGGCAACACCGAGCACUUGGAAAUCAGCGGCGAAUCGUUGACAGAUAUAUUCAAUGCUGGGGAAUUCAAACUUGGAGACAUAGAUGAAUUUUUCGAUUUUGGAAGCUGGUUUUAG